AUGAACGCAAUCCGCCAGGUCCAAGCCCUGAACAAAAAGGAGCUUGAGAACGUCGUACCUCCAGAAGCUUCCUGGCAUGCAGACUACCGCGACACCGCAUACAUCUACAUCGGGUCUCUCCCCUACGACCUCAGCGAAGGUGACAUCCUAACCAUUUUCUCGCAAUACGGCGAACCGGUACAUCUCAAUCUAGUGCGCGACAAAGAAACGGGAAAGAGCAAAGGGUUCGCAUUCUUGAAGUAUGAGGACCAACGAAGUACAGAUCUGGCCGUGGAUAAUUUGGGUGGAGCGACGAUUUUGGGCAGAAUGAUACGAGUCGACCACGUGAGGUAUAAAAGAAAGGAGGAAGAGGGGCUGGAGGAUAAUGUGGCCGCUUUGGCGACUGCUGAGACUGGGGAGGAGAAAUCGAGAGAUGAUGACGGUGAAGCGGGAAGGCGAAGAAGGGCUCUGAAGCGCGGUGAAAGUAAUACUGACACGGAGGAUCGGAGGAUACGUCAAAGACCAUUAUUGAAGGAGGAGGAGGAGCUACAGAAACUUAUAGAAGAACAUGAUGAAGAAGAUCCAAUGAAGGAAUAUCUAAUACAGGAGAAAAAGGAGGAAGUUGCUAGAGCGUUGAAGCGUUCGAGUCUGCGAAAGAAGCAUAGAGAAGAUAGUUAUGACAAAGGGGAGAAACAUCGCCAUCCAGUCCACCAUCGUCAUCACCACCAUCACCAUCGGAGACGUCGCGAGGAUCGGUCGUAUUCUCCGGAAAGGGAAAGGCGGUCUUCACGGCGUGAGAGAUCCAGGUCUCGAUCACUUUCAAAGGAUCGAAGACGCCAUCGAGACACAAGAGAUCGUGAUUGA